GUCCUAAAAACCAAUCUGGGAGGCCCAACCGAGGGGAAGAGAGGAACACGUCUUCGUCGUCGUCCUCUCGUCGCUAGAUUGCUUUUUCACCAUAUUAGCGACGUUAGGGCUUAUUGCAGCGCACAGAGAAAACUCUCGCUCUCGCUCAGAUAAUCAAACGGGAAGAGAAGUUCAGAUUCUAGAGAAACGAAAUGAGUGGAGGAGGAGAGAAGGGUUCAGCGACCACAAAGACCCCCGGAGAUUUCCUCAAAUCAAUUCGUGGGCGACCUGUUGUUGUUAAACUGAAUUCUGGAGUUGAUUAUCGAGGUAUUCUCGCAUGUUUGGAUGGGUAUAUGAACAUAGCAAUGGAGCAAACAGAAGAAUAUGUGAAUGGGCAGCUGAAAAAUAAAUAUGGCGAUGCUUUCAUUCGCGGAAACAAUGUUCUCUACAUUAGUACAUCAAAGAGGACGCUAGCAGAUGGGGCUUGAGUAUUGGAUUAUAUAUUUAAUGCCCCAUACUCUGCAGUCAGGCUUUCGAUGUUUGUAUUUCUGAUGUAAGAUGAUGAUAUUGAUUUGGAAAUGAGAAUUAGACAGUGCUGCUCAAACUUGGACACAUGAAACUUUGUUAUCUUUUGUAAUGGGAUAAGCUAUCAAAUAUCUGAAUUGAAGAUUGAUGCCUUAA